AAAAAAAAAAUGGCUGCCAAAACAAAUAUCCAAAUUUUCAUCCUCAUAAUUACAAUACAACUCUUCUACUAUCCAUCAUCAUCGCUCGCAGCGAACCCUACGUACAAUGUUCAGUCGUUCGGAGCUAAAUCCGGCGGAAGCUCCGACUGCACAAAGGCUUUUCUAAGUGCAUGGGGGGCCGCAUGUGCCGCCACGUCUCCGGCAACUAUAUACGUGCCACCUGGAAGGUACCUCCUCCGAAACGCAUACUUCGGAGGUAAACUAUGCAAAAAUUCAGCCAUAACUAUACGUAUAGACGGUACCCUAGUAGCUCCAUCCGACUACAACGCACUUGCUAAAACCGAGAACUGGUACUUCGAAAGGGUCGCCGGUUCCAUCUUCGGCGGAACCCUAGACGCACAAGGCACCAAAUUGUGGGCUUGCAAGAACUCCGGCAAGAGCUGCCCUAAAGGAGCUACAUCGUUGGCGUUCUACAAUUCGGAGAAUAUAGAGAUAAAUGGAUUAGCCUCGUUGAACAGCCAGAAGUUUCAUAUUCUUGUCGACGGAUGCAAAAGCGUGAAGAUGAUUAAUAUGAAAAUCUCAGCUCCGGCGAACAGCCCAAACACCGACGGCAUCCACAUACAGCAGUCAUCGGAAGUUACCGUUAUGAACACUCACAUCGGCACCGGAGACGACUGCAUCUCCGUGGGCCCCGGAUCUUCCAACUUGUGGAUCGAAAACCUCGCCUGUGGGCCCGGCCACGGAAUAAGUAUUGGAAGUUUAGGGUGGGAUUUGGAAGAAGCGGGAGUGCAAAACGUGACAGUUAAAACGGUUACAUUCACCGGAACGGAAAACGGCGUGAGAGUGAAGACGUGGGCGAGGCCGAGCAACGGGUUCGUUAAAAACGUGCUUUUCCAGCAUCUUGUUGUCGUUAACGUCGAAAACCCGAUUAUUAUCGACCAAAAUUACUGCCCCGACCACCAAAAUUGUCCUACUCAGGGGUCGGGGGUGAAGAUAAGUGACGUGGCAUAUGAAGAUAUACAUGGAACAUCAGCUACACAAGUAGCAGUGAAAUUUGACUGCAGUAAAAAGAACCCGUGCAGUGGAAUUACGUUGGAUGGGGUUAAUUUAAGUUACAGAGAUAAAGCAGCUACUGCUUCUUGUGCUAACGCUGCCGGGUCGGCUGCCGGUGUUGUCCGGCCGACCAGUUGCUUAUAA